AUGACCGACCACCACGACGAUCUUGUUGACUACGACGAGGAUGAUGAUGUUAUCCAGUCCAUCAACGCUGUCCCCGCCACCGCUCAGCCCGAUGCCGCUGAAGAGUCCAAGGACAAGAAGGGCUCCUAUGUCGGUGUCCACUCCACCGGCUUCCGUGAUUUUCUCUUGAAGCCCGAGUUGUUGCGUGCCAUCGUCGACUGCGGUUUCGAGCAUCCCUCUGAGGUCCAGCAGGAGUGCAUCCCCCAGUCCAUCCUCGGAAUGGAUAUUCUCUGCCAGGCCAAGUCUGGUAUGGGUAAGACUGCCGUCUUUGUCCUCGCCUCGCUCCAGCAAGUCGAGGCUGUCCCCGGCGAGGUCUCUGUUGUUGUCCUCUGCCACACCCGCGAGUUGGCCUUCCAGAUCAAGAACGAGUACGCCCGCUUCAGCAAGUAUUUGCCCGAGGUCCGCUCUGAGGUCUUUUAUGGUGGUACUCCCAUCAAGAGAGAUCAGGAUAUUCUCCGUAACAAGGAGCUCUGUCCUCACAUCUUGGUCGGAACCCCCGGUCGUGUCCUCGCCCUGAUCAAGGAGAAGACCCUCAACCUCAAGAACGUCAAGCACUUUGUCCUCGACGAGUGCGACAAGAUGCUCGAUCAGAUUGAUAUGCGCCGCGACGUCCAGGAGAUCUUCAGGGCCACCCCCCAUCACAAGCAGGUUAUGAUGUUCUCAGCUACCUUGAGCAAGGACACCCGCGUCACCUGCAAGAAGUUCAUGCAGAACCCUCUCGAGAUUUAUGUCGAUGACGAGACGAAGCUCACUCUCCACGGUCUCCAGCAGUACUACGUCGGAAUCACCGAGGCCCAGAAGAACCGCAAGCUCAACGACCUCUUGGAUUCUCUCGAGUUCAAUCAGGUCUGCAUCUUUGUCAAGUCUGUUGCCCGCGCUGAGCAGCUCAACAAGUUGUUGCAGGAGUGCAACUUCCCCAGUAUCGCCAUUCACGGAUCGAUGGAACAGGCGGAUCGUAUUGCCAAGUACAAGUCCUUCAAGGAGUUCAACAAGCGCAUCCUCGUCGCCACCGACGUCUUUGCCCGUGGUCUCGAUGUCUCCCGUGUCAACGUCGUCAUCAACUACGACGUCCCUGACGCAGCCGACACCUACCUCCAUCGUGUCGGUCGUGCUGGUCGUUUCGGUACCAAGGGUCUCGCCAUCACUUUUGUCGCCGAUGAUGCUGACACCGAGAUCUUGAAGAGCAUUCAGGCCCGUUUCGAGGUCCAGAUUCCCGAGCUCCCCGAGGAGAUUGAUGUCUCGACCUACAUGACUGCCUAA